UACUGACCGUGCACUUUAUCACAUCGCGGGUGUGCAGUCGUGAUGCGGACGAUUUCGGCGGGACGCUGUUGAUACAGCGGCUGGCACUUCGCGGCGAGCAGUGGGCGGAUGGCGCUUGUUGAGCCAGAGCAAGACAGCUCGCGCGCGAUGAUGGUUCCGACGUAUGCUGAAGAUGCUGAUGGACCAUCCGAAUUCCUCAGCACAACCUGACCAGCCUGCAGGUCAUUCCAUACGGCGCUGCGCGAGGCCUCUGCCUGUGAUACGCAGGCUUCACCGAGUGCCGGCGCUUACUUCAUCAACGCAUUCGGGCAGACGGAGGAGACGGCUGCGACGCUUACAAUGUCUGCCGCCUGAA